UUCCACUUCAUAUCACUCAACACAAGUUCCAUCAUUAAAAUUCUCAAUACCAUCAACUCCCAAAUGGAAACUCCUAACUGGGUUCCCUAUGCCACGGCUUGGUUAGCCACCAUAGCUCUAAUCAUCCUCUCCCGCCGUCUUCGCCGCCGUAAACUAAACCUCCCACCCGGCCCAAAACCGUGGCCCAUUAUCGGAAACCUAAACCUAAUAGGCCCACUCCCUCACCGUUCCCUCCAUGCCCUUUCGCAAAAAUAUGGGCCGAUCAUGCAACUCAAAUUCGGGUCAUUCCCUCUAAUUGUCGGCUCCUCCGUUGAAAUGGCUAAAAUAAUCCUCAAAACCCAAGAUGUCACCUUUUGCGGCAGGCCCAAAUUCGCCGCAGGAAAAUACACAACCUAUGAUUACUCGGAUAUAACUUGGUCGCAAUAUGGUCCUUAUUGGCGACAAGCAAGAAAAAUGUGCGUCGUCGAGCUUUUUAGCGCUAAACGACUCGAAUCAUACGAGUAUAUACGAAAAGAAGAGCUGAGAUCAUUUCUUAAAAACAUUUUUUCCUCAAACAACAACCCUAUCAACUUAAAAGAUCAGCUUUCUGAUCUGAGCUUGAAUGUGAUCAGCAGAAUGGUGUUGGGGAAAAAAUACACGGUCAAGAGCGAGUCGAGUGAGACCGAGAUAGUGAGUCCCGACGAGUUUAAAGAAAUGAUCGACGAGUUGUUCUUGCUUAAUGGAGUCCUGGAUAUUGGUGACUCAAUUCCUUGGCUUGCUUGUUUGGAUUUACAAGGUUAUAUAAAGAGAAUGAAGGCUUUGAGCAAGAGAUUUGAUCGGUUUUUGGAGCAUGUUUUGGAUGAACAUGAUGAAAGGAGAAAAAAAGUGGAUAAUUUCGUCGCUAAAGAUAUGGUUGAUAUUCUUUUGCAGCUUGCUGAUGAUCCUAAUCUUGAAGUUAAGCUUGAAAGAAUUGGAAUCAAGGGAUUUACUCAGGACUUGAUUGCCGGAGGAACAGAAAGCUCAGCAGUCACAGUAGAAUGGGCAAUUUCCGAGCUACUAAAAAAACCCGAGCUCUUCAAAACGGCAACGGAAGAGCUCGACAGGGUGAUCGGAAAAGAAAGAUGGGUAGAAGAAAAAGACAUAGUUAACCUUCCAUUUAUCGACGCAAUUGCUAAAGAGACAAUGCGGUUACACCCCGUUGCGCCAAUGUUAGUACCAAGACAAUGUCGCGAAGACACUAAAAUCUCGGGGUACGACGUUCCUGAAGGGACACGUGUCCUUGUUAAUGUCUGGACUAUCGGGAGGGAUCCUACAAUUUGGGACAAUCCUGAUGAGUUUUGUCCUGACAGGUUUAUUGGUAAGGACAUUGAUGUCAAAGGGUGUGAUUUUGAAUUGUUGCCGUUUGGUGCUGGAAGACGGAUGUGCCCUGGGUAUCCUUUGGGGAUGAAAGUGAUUCAAGUGAGCUUGGCUAAUUUAUUACAGGGGUUUAAUUGGAAUUUGCCGGGGGAUAUGAAAAAAGAGGAUUUGAAUAUGGAUGAGAUUUUUGGACUUUCGACUCCUAAGGAGAAACCACUUGUUGUUGUGGCUCAGCCUCGACUUCCAUCCCAUGUUUACUCUUUGUAAUUUUGGUUUUUGAUUCGGUUUGAGUUAAGUUGUUGAUCAUCUUUUGAUGGUCGAAUAAUUGGCGAAUAAAUAUCAAAAAUGUUUAAGUUAGUGAUUUUAAAUAAAUAAAUUUACAUUGUAGUAAA